AGAGCGAGAGAGAGUGAGAGAGCAUGCGUGGUGACCCCUCGGUCAUACUACUUGACGCAGUUAGUCGUUUUCGCGGUAUGUUAUAGUGAGCACGAGUUGCGUCCUUAGUCUCACAAAGGCCCUGGCGCCGCCGCAAGCACUCUUCGUCCUGCGCUCUCCUCCUGCCUUCCCGCGCGUGUGAUCAACCUGCAGUCCUCAGAAUGAGGAAGGACGUCGCGAUAACGUUCGCCCGACUCGCGUUCCUUAUAGUGGGCGUGUGGGGCCACGGGCGGCUGAUGGACCCGCCCGCGAGGAACGCCAUGUGGAGGCUCGGCUACCCGAACCCCGUUAACUACAACGACAACGAACUCUAUUGCGGAGGAUUCGUAGUCCAGUACCAGAAGAACGACGGGAAGUGCGGCGUCUGCGGGGACAACUGGGCCGACAAGGUGCCACGAGACCACGAGGCGGGCGGGCUCUUCGGAAAUGGCAUCGUCGGCAGGAGAUAUGUCGCAGGACAGGUGAUCGAUAUCGAGGCCGAACUCACGACCAACCACAAGGGCUAUAUGGAGCUCAAACUCUGCCCUCACAAUGACCCCAAGACCAUCAUCACCCAAGAAUGCCUGGAUCAGUACCCUCUCAUGAUCGAAGGCACACAGGAGUCCAGGUGGGUCAUCCCCUUAGACAGCAAGAAGAAGGAGAUCUUUAGGUGGAAGGUCCAGCUCCCAGAGGGCAUCACCUGCACCAACUGCGUCGUACAGUGGAAGUAUUUCGCUGGAAACACGUGGGGCACCAACGCCCAGGGCGAGACGGGCCAGGGCAAGGGGCCGCAGGAAACAUUCGUGAACUGCGCAGACAUCGUCAUCAACACGCAGACGGGCGGCUUCGUAGGAUACCCGCCAGACAGCAACCAGAUUGACAACCCUUGGGCGCUUUACUACAGGGAUGAGUUCCCCGGAAUACCCAAGGAUGCCAACGCCUCCAACACGUCCGACCAGCUCAUUCCCCUUGUUGUCAGGUCCCAGCGAUGUGUGCCAAUCAACGAGUACGAGCAAGUGCAGGGUAUGGGCGGCUGGUGCCGAGAGAACUGCCUCAAAUACCCGCCCAACUGCCACCCUCAAGUCUGCAAGUGCUUAAGCCAGUGCGAAGCCAUCGGUGAUUUCGCCAAGGAGAAAGACGCCGACAUUUUCUGCCACCAAAACUGCCUCAAACUGAACGCCUUUUGUCCUAAGGAUAAAUGCAGAUGCUAUUAGGACGUUUGGUUCCCGCUUUUUUUUUUUUUUUUUUUUUUUUUUUUGAACCAGCGAUUCUCGAGGAAGGAAAACCAACAUGGCGGACGAGAUUCUCAUUUCAGCUGCAGAACAAAAUCAGUGUUCUGCUUUCUAUCGUGGGCGAGGUUGCAGGUCAUUCUUGUGACCGUAAAUGAACUCUUAUUUUUCGACUGUUAACUGAUUUAUUUUGAUAUUAUAUACAGUAUCAUUGUUGUUGUUGUUAUUGCUGUUGUUACUAUUAUUAUUAUUAUUGUUAUAAUCACUCUCAUUGCUGUCAGUAUCAGUCAUUAUUAUUAUUAUUGUUAUUAUUAUCAUUAUUAUUAUUAUUAUUAUCAUUAUUGUUAUUAUUAUAAGUGUUUUAUUGUUAUUAUUAUCAUUGUUAUCAUCAUUAUCAUUGUUAUUAUUAUUGUUAUUAUUAUUAUUAUUAUUACUAUUAUUAUUAUUAUUGUUGUUAUUAUUAUUAUUAUUAUUACUAUUAUUACUAUUAUUAUUAUUAUUAUUAUUAUUAUUAUUAUUAUUGUUAUUAUUGCUAUUGCCAUCUUCAUUAUUAUUAUCAUUAUCCUUUUUAUUACGAUUAUCAUUACUUUUCUUAUCACUGUUAUUGUUAAUUUUUGUUACUGUUACAAUUCUUAUUGUUAUUAUGAUUGUUGCAUUGUUAUUUUGUUGAUAUUGCUAUUGUUAAUAUCAUUAUUGUCAGUAUUAUCAUAAUGUUUAUUAUUGUUGUUGUUGUUUUUUCUGCUGUUAUAAUUAUGAUGACGAUUAUCACUAUUACUUAAUCAACGUCAUUGUUGUAAACUCAUCUUUCUGAAAAUUCACUUAGGAAAAACAAUGACGUUAUUUUGAUUCUUGUUUUAAAAAUACAUUUAGUACGUUAGGUCAGUAUGGUACCUGUUACUACGAACGAAUCAGGGUUCAGUAUCAAUAGUAUUAAACGAAUGCAUUCCAGAAAAAAAAAAUAGCCACAAGAAUGCAUUGGAAACCUCGUUCCUAUAUAAUGGGUGUAUAACGUAUAGCAAAAGACUCUGCCAGCGUCGCGACACUACUAGCGCAUAGCAGCAGCAAGUAAGGGGAAAAAGAAAUACGAAAAGUUGUUUUAGGCACGUGUUUAGUAAGAUUUUGUUUUGUGGAAAUGUGUUUUAAGCAGAAGCAUUUUGAUUUAAAAGAAAAAAUAUAUAUAUAGAUAGUUAUAUACGGUAUUUUGUGCUCCCUGUUAACAUGUUAAUUGUAUACACUUACAUUGGUAGGUGUUUUAAAUACAAGUGCUAAUGGAUAUUUUAAGCAGGUGUGUUUACAUGAAAUUGAAAAUGAGGAAAAAAUGAUAGUUAUAAGUAAAAUUAUUAGGAAAUAAGCAACUGCUGCUUCAGCCUGACAUUUAAGUUUAGUUGUUACUAAUGUUUACAUUGUUUACUGUUGAUCAAGGUUUUUGUUAGUAUUUAUAAUCAGUAUCUGUAUUUAUUAAACCUAUUUAAAUAUAUUUGAAAAUAAUGA